AUGUUUUAUUUAAAACAGGACGUAGAGUUUGACGAGUUUUGCGAUCCAGAGAAUCCUAGAAAAAUAAAAUAUGACGAUAUCUUGGCCGCGUCCCGUCGCAUCGCGGGCACGGUUAUCAAAACACCUUGCACGAGAGCACACAUGUCAGAUAAACUAGGGAUGGAAAUAUAUCUAAAACAGGAGUUUAUGCAGUAUACGGGAUGUUUUAAGGAACGUGGUGUCCGCAAUACGUUACUUUUAUUAUCAGAGGAACAGAAAAAGAUAGGUGUUAUAUCAGCGUCAACUGGAAACCAUGGACUAUCCAUGAGUUACCACACCACUCAGCUCGGUAUUCCCUGCAUAGUUGUGAUGCCAGUUCGAGCCCCUAUUACCAAACUCAUGAAGUGUCAAUCGUUUGGAGCAAAAACGCUGCUACAUGGUGAAAAUAUGGCUGAAGCUAAGCAUUACGCCAUGUCUUUAUCUAAGGAAAAAAAGUUAUAUUACAUUAAUGGUUAUGAUCACCCUAAUGUAAUCGAAGGUCAAGGUACUAUAGGCAUUGAAAUUAUUGAACAAGUGCCAGAGGUGGAUGCCGUCUUAGUACCUGUAGGUGGUGGCAGCCUCGUAACUGGCAUCGCUAUUGCCGUAAAACAUCUUAAGCCUGAUACUGAAGUUUAUGGUAUUCAAACUGAAAAAACUUAUAGCAUGGUAGAAGCACUUAAAAGAAAUGAAAGAGUGAAGAUAAAUAUAGAGUCCACGAUAGCUGACGGUCUAGCUGUGAAUUUGGCUGGAGUAAAUACCUUUCAUAAUUUAAAAGGUGGAAUUUUGGACAAAAUGGUUAUUGUUAAAGAAGAUUGGGUAGCACGAGGAAUAAUGCAUCUCGUUGAAGAAGAGAGAUACGUUGUAGAAGGUUCCGCUGCAGUCACAAUAGCGAGUAUAAUGGCAGGCCUUUUCCCCAAUCUUAAGGGUAAAAAGGUGGUAUGCAUAUUGUCUGGUGGAAACAUCGAUACUACAACUCUCGCUCGCGCUCUUGAGCGUGGUAUGGCGGCGGAAGGGCGGCUGAUCAAGUUCAAAGUAACUGUGAGCGAUCGGCCGGGUGGCAUGGCAGAGCUCUGUGGACUCCUCUCUAACCUGGGAGUGACGCUGCGGGAUUGCAUCCCAGAACGCGCUUGGGUUAAAGGCGACGUUUUUAGCGUAGAGAUGAAAGUGAUAGUGGAGACAAGAGGAUGGGAUCACACUAAAGAGUUAAUCGAAAUUAUAAAGAGAAAAUACAAGGAAUGUGUAUUCCCUGAAAUGAAUGAUAAGCAAGAAAAGGGUCCGGGAGCCAAACGUGGUCCCUGCCUGGCGCCAAAUCCAGUUUGCAUGCAGAAAUAA